CACCAAGAAGCUCAGCCAGAGGAGUAGAGCACAGAGUAACGCACAUGUUCAACUCAGGAAGUGGCCCGCCGCGGCUGGGCGCAGGGCUCGGCCCCUCCCUGGGCGGCGGAGGCUCGUCAGGCGGCAACUACCUGCAGCUGCUGGACAACUACGGCCGCCUCAUCGCGGGCCAGGAAGCCCAGCUGGCGGCCCUGCGCGAACAGCGGGCGGCCGUGGCGGCAGAGCUGGAGGCGGCGAGGCAGCAGCGUGACGCCGCGGCGGAGCUGGCGAGCACCGCCCGCGCGCGGACUGCCGCGCUGGAGGCGGAGCGGCGCACCAAGGAGUCUGACCUGCACGCCAUCAAGGCCCGCAACGACGCGCUGCGCUCCGACGUGGAGUCGCGGCGGGCGCGGCUGGACCAGCUGAAGCAGCAGCAGGGCGACAGCAAGGAGGGCUUCGUGGCCAGGUGCAUGCAGCUGGAGCGCGAGGUCCGCGCCGAGCUGGCCCAACACGCAGCCGCCGUGGCCGCCGGCGCCGAUACCGGUGCCGGUGCCGCCGCUGACACGGGCACUGCUGCAGCGGACGGCUGCGGCCAGGUCGGCCCGGGCCACGGGCCCGACCUGUCGCCGCCGUCGCCAUCGGGUGGCGGCGGUGCGGGCGGUGCGGGAGGUGCAGGAGGUGCAGGAGGUGCGGGAGGUGCGGCAGGCAGGGGGCCGACGUUGCUACUGGAGCCGGGGCUGACGACGGCGGGGCUGGGAUUCGGCUCGCAGCAGCCGGUGGCAGGCGGUGAAGGCCUGUCUCAGGACGGGUUGGGCGAGGGCGCGUUUGGAAGCCAACUGCCGAGCGCGCAGCACACACAGUGAUGCGGCGGCAGGAGGUAGCCGUGUGAGCACGGAAUCCAACAGGCCCGGAGCCCCAUGGGUCCGGCCGGGGACGGGGGAGUGGGGAUGAUGGCGGCGGGGUGGCGGCGGGCUGUAGGACAUUAGGAGAGGUGAUGAUGGGGGAAGGGGGCAGGACGUGGCAGGAGGCGGCACACGGUGUGUGGGACUGCGUGGCAGCGGGUGCGCGGCGGGGCUUGCAACUGGCGGGUCACUCAAUUCAUGGAUCCCCGCGCCGCGCGUACGUCACCCCUGGUGUACUAGGGCCGCGGGCAUGUGCGGGCGUGUGCAGCUGGCAUGUGCAGCUGAUGACCGCGCAGAGUCGCACUUCAUACUGGGGUUGGACGCGAACUGUGCGUGCAGUUGACGAAUGGCAUGCGGCAUGUAACCUCGUCCGGCU